UUACACUUUCUUUCAACACUUCUCUUCUCAAAUCAAAUUUCAAAAAAUGGGAGCAAUCUCAAAGCUAGUCGACGCAAUUUUCUUCAUUUUCUUCCUCAUAGUUGCAGUGUCAGCUCCGUUACUCGAUAGUCAAAUUACUCUACCAACUAAUCUCUUCCCCGAGUUGUUACUCAAUCUCAAGAAGUGGUACAUCAAUGAAUUCGACGACUAUCUUGUUGCAGAGAAGCCUCAUUUCUUUGUGGGUAUCAUUUGGAUCGAGCUUCUAUUUCAAUGGCCGCUCGCUGUUCUUAGUUUAUACGGAAUUUUAACUUCCAAGCCUUGGACUCGCACCACUUGCUUGAUCUAUGGUGCUUCUCUUUUCACUACCAUGGGUGCUGUACUGGCGGAGUUGAAGGGUGGAGGAAAGGCAUUGGAUAAAAUGUUGAUGAUUUAUUCCCCAUUUAUGGGGUUUGGGAUAUUGGCUAUGCUGCGUGGUCUUAUGCGUCAAUCUGAUUCGGGUGUUACAGGAAGGAGACCUACUCCACUUCCUAGGAAAAAAAGAGUUUAGAAAAUUUCUAAUGUUUGUAAUACUUGAUUUUCUUUUUGCUUUUGUGUGUGAUUUUGUGUUUCUUGAAAUUAUUGAGUUCCUUCUUUGA